AGAGCAUCCUCGGUCUGUUUAGUACCUGAAGUACGUCAAAUCGGUCCAGGUCCUUGUCGUUCUGGAAUCCUCAAUCAAUUCGUAUUAGUCCUCUCAUCCAUGAUGAAACUCCAGUCAGCUCAACUGAAUCAGGUCAAGUGGCUUUAUCGGUGCUGGAAUGUACAUGCCCAUCAGCGAUUCCUCUGUCUGCGUCUGUCCAGCGAUUCCGCUGCAUUACCCCGC